GUCUCACUUCGAUCGUCAAUCUUUUCACUCUCUUCAGUGUCUCAAUGGCAACAUUCACUUCGUAUGGAAUGCCUUACCGUCAAUUGAGCGAAAUUCCGAUCGCAGUCGCUUCACCUUCAUUGGGAAUGAACAUUGUUCAUACUUUACCCAUCAAGAUAAAGGCAGCAGCUGAGGCAAAGUUUGCUGCAAUCGAGAUAGGAAUGGAUGAUUUGAUCGCAUACUCUCGAUCUCUUAACCCAGACUUAACCCCCCCACACGCAAAGUAUCAUUCCACAGGCGCACCAACCCUCGAGCCCGACCCGCGUGACCCAGCGGACGACCCCCUCUGGAGCACACUCACCUCCACAGCACUCCUCGUCAAAUCCCUCUGUUCAGAGCUAGGACUGCACGUACUCACCCUCCACCCUCUGAGCCAAUACGAAGGCUGGCCAGAGCACACGGACCGGCAUGCUUGGGCUUGGGAGAAAGCACUUAGGUGGCUGGAUGUCGCUUCUUCCCUAGGGGCGGAGAUGAUCCAAGUUGGGAGUAAUAAUGAGCUCAACGCUAGCGCUGGGGUGGAUGCGUGUGCGAAGGAUAUGCUGAGACUGGCUCAGGCUGCACAGGAGAGGGGCGUUAGGGUAGCGUAUGAACCUUGGUGCUGGGGAGCGUAUGUGAACACCUGGGAAGGAUGUUGGGAGAUAGUACAGAAAGCUAAUCACCCAAAUCUAGGCUUGUGCCUCGAUACCUUCCAGAUCUCCGGUUCCCCAGUGUACGGCGCCUCCCCCACCCAUCCCAGCGGUUGGAUCCUGGGAUAUCAUCCUUCGGUAUUCACACUCUCCCUACACAAACUCACGGAAUCAAUCCCGGCGAGCAAGAUCUUCUUUCUCCAGAUCUCGGAUGGCGCGCGCUUGGACCCUCCGCUAGGGCGAGGAAAUGAACUGGACGAGAGGUGGAAGGGCGGUUGGGAGCCGAGACAGGUUUGGAGUGCUGCAAGGAGGCCGUUGCCUUUUGAGGAUAGGGGGUAUUUGCCGGUGUUGGAGGUGGUGGAAGCGGUCUUGGGCACGGGGUUUAGAGGUUACUUCUCCUACGAACCCUUCGAACAAGAACAAGAAGCCCUAGACGCGCUCAUCCCCGAUCGGUACGCACAAGCGUGUAGGAGAGCACAUGAACAGCUUGUGGCUGCUGUGGAGAGGAAAUGGAGACGAUAGGCACUGGCGCGGCCGGGUGGGGUGGGGAGGGGGGGCAUGUGUUGGGCGGUGGGCGGUCGGUGGUGAGGUGAUGAGGUGAUGAAACCCUAUGGACUGGAUCUCUCUCUCUUUUCUCUUUCUCUUUCUCUCUCUUUUCUCUUUCUCUCUCUUUCCCCUUCUCUUUCUCUCUUUCUCUCUCUCUUUCUCUUGUUGCUCGUGCUCGUGCUCGUUUUUUUUGACAUCAUGCGAACUGUCUAACGUUUACCGUUUAUGUCUCCGUGUUCGUGUUCGAUUUUGCCGGGCGGUUGACCCAGUUGUCUUCACUUCUUCUUCUUCUUCUUCUUC